AUGGACAUGUUGCUGCAAACCUCUAUCUUUUUGUGGAUUUUAGCUGGAUGUCUAUCCUUGCCUGGCAGGUCUGAGACCUGGCCAAACAACAACCUGUCAGCAGUUUGCAAUUUUGUUUCAAGAAAUGUCUGUUUGGAGUUUGUCGAGGAGUCAAAAACCUGGUCCGGAGCUGAGAGCAGCUGUGAAAAGAAAGGGGGGAAGCUUCUAAAAGAGCUCAACCUGAUCAAGAUCUUCCUGAGCAAAAUCACCAGGGGAAGAAACUCCAGCAAUAUAAGUUUUUGGAUGGGAGAAAGAGUCCAAGUUGAGUACAGGGAGCCCAAUCAAUAUGUUUCAAGGGAGGUCUGUGCAUACAUAACGCUGAAUCCUCUACAGUUCCUAACAUCAAACUGCAGCGAGAAACGAGGAUUCCUCUGCACCCACAGCUUGCAGUCUCCAUCAAGUACGGAGGUUGCUUACACGGAACUAAAACGAAUGGAGAGGACAGAGGAGGAGCCGAAAGAUGACAGCAGGAAUAAAUUUAUUCAGAAUUUGACGGAGGGUAUACAAAAGCUGAACCAGGACAAUAUUAACGACAACAUUGUCCAAUCAGUUAUUAAUGCUAGCACGGGAAUCCUACAACUAUCAAUUCAUAAAUGUGAUGUUGAUGCCAAUCCUAACCCCCCAAAAUUGUUUGAGGAUGUCUUGACCAUUGUUCAGACUGUCUCUCGGCUGCGAACACCAGCAUUAAAUGAGAAAACUGUCACCAGGUACCCAACAGGCACCAUGUAUCAGAGCAAUGUGGAACCCAAAGACCUCAGCAACGCAGUGCUGGGAUCAGAGAGUGAUGGGGAUUAUGUUAAGCUUCCGUCAUACUCAGCACUGGCACCGCAUCUUAAGAAUUACAAAAACAUAAUCACACAGAUGGCUACGUUCUCAAGUAAUCCUCAUCCCUCUGAUGACAACAUAACAGGGACUGUCAGCAAUAUUAUACUGAGUGAUGGAAAGUCAAACAUUAAAGUGGAAAACCUAUCAGAGAUGAUUGAGAUCUUCCUUCGUCGUCCAAAUGAUUCUUAUGUGAGGAACAAUACCGUUGUGCUGGAGAAAGGCAUGCGAUCCCUGACAGCAUUUAACAUCUCAGACAUUCAGAUGACCAUCAUCUUUGAUGUAGUGCCCGAUGUCAAUGUCUCGCUGGCUCUGAUGUUGUCCUAUGAUUCUCCUCCCAACUCUACAUUUUACGACAGCAAAAUCACCUUGAACGGAACAGAUGGCUAUCGCUGGAUGAUAACACCAGAGAUGUUACAGCAGGGCCCAGGGGUCUGGUAUAUUGACACCAGACUUGAAAAUUCCCAGACUGAAACAGACGUUACUCUGGAAAUCAGUUCUUACUCCGGCAAGUGCCUGUACUGGGACACAGAAAAUGAGCGCUGGAGCGCCAAGGGCUGUAUGGUGGGAGACAAAAGCACUCCAAUGGUUACACAGUGUCUGUGUAACCACCUUACCCUCUUUGGGAGCUCCUUCUUUGUGAUGCCAAACCAUGUUGACAUAUCGCGCACAGCGGAGCUGUUUGCCACCGUGUCUGAGAACUACGUGGUGCUGGCCCUGCUGUGCGCUUUCUAUGGCCUGUACCUGGUCACACUGCUGUGGGCUGGUUAUGCUGACCGCAGGUCGCGCUUUAAGAGGAAGAUGACUCUGCUGGAGGAUAGCCACCCUGGAGCACUGUACAACUAUCUGGUCUGUGUCCAGACUGGCCAUCGGAAGAAUGCUGGAACCUCUGCUAAUGUCACAGUGAAAUUGAUUGGAUCAGAUGGAGAGAGUAGCAUACAAAACCUCACCGACCCUGAAAAACCUGUGUUUGAGAGAGGAGCCACAGACAUGUUCCUUUUGGCCACGCCCUUUCCGCUUGGCGAAGUGCACAACAUACGGCUGCAGCACGACAACUCUGGGGGUCACCCAUCAUGGUACAUUAACAAGGUAACCAUACAAGACCUGCAAACCCGACAAGUGUGGCAGUUCCUCUGUGAGUGCUGGCUGAGUAAUGACAGAGGAGACGGCGCCACCAAAAAAACCUUCAAUGCUGCAAAGAGCAAUGAGAUCGCCAGCUUCAGGAAUAUUUUCCAGAGCAGAACAUCAACCGGUUUUAGGGAUGAACACAUCUGGGUGUCCAUCGUGGAUCCUCCCUCUCGAAGUCCAUUCACGCGUGCCCAACGGGUUUCGUGCUGCAUGAGCCUGCUCCUCUGCACCAUGGCCAUCAAUAUUGCCUUCUGGAACAUACCCGUGAAUAAGGACUCACCAGUGCUCUUCUCAUUAGGUUCAUUGGAGAUCACUUGGCAGGAAAUUAUGGUGGGAGUGCAGAGUGGUCUCCUUAUGUUCCCAAUCAACAUCCUCAUCAUCACUAUCUUCCGAAGCAUCCGGCCUCGAGUGAUUUCAAAAUCAAAAAUAGAUGACUCCGAGGAGAAGCCCAGGCCCCCUGCAAUCACGGUUCCAACUGUUUUGAAGGAAAUAGAGGAGGUGAUUUCUCUGGUCAGCAAGAGUCCAAGAAACAAGAUGCCGGAUGUGGUCCAUCUUGAGUCCACUGCUGACCUCUGCCCUGCCCUGGACACUCUGCACAUUCUCAUUCAGAAAAUGCAAGGCGAGACCGAGAGUAACAACCACUGCGUGUACUGCAGCAAGUUCCUCCUGGCUGGUCUCUGUCACCUCCUGAUGUGCUUGGAGAAACUGGAUGAAAAAAACUUCCCGAGUUCACAGGACUACCAGCAGGCCCUCAGUCUCACCAACCUGCUGGUCCGCAAGGCCGAGAUGGUCUUCAGCAGCCACCUCCCCGCUCCUGUGAGGAAGAAGAAGAAGACGCCAGUGGGCUGCCGGCUCCCCUGGUGGUGCGUGUUUGUGGGAUGGUUCCUGUUGCUGUCCAUCAGUGGGAUAUCCACUUACUUCACCCUGCUGUACGGUUUUCAGUACGGCAGAGAAAAGUCCAUCAAGUGGGUGAUGUCACUGGGCCUCUCCCUCUUUGAGAGCAUCUUCAUCCUGCAACCCCUCAAGGUGAUCGGCGUUGCUGUGUUUUUCGCCCUGCUGCUGAAACCCGUGGCUGUGGAAGACACCGAGGAAGUGGAGCAAGUGCUGUUGGAGCAAGAGAUUAAGUGCAGAGGAUACACCGGCAGGGUUUCACUGUGAGGACGGCCAAUUUAACAGGAUAUAUAUCGUUUCCUCUAUAAGCACUGUCACCAGAGCAACCACUCACUGCUUUAUCUCUAGUUCACGGGAAUAUUUACUUAAUGAAUAUCACAUCACAUAAAAGAUCCUAGUGCACAGAUUAUCCUCUUUCUGUAGUGAUGAUUCAGGGGGGAGAAGAGCAAUUAUGUAGCUGCCCUUAAAAGUAAGUUUGUCCUUGACAAUGUAUACGUAUAUGAAGUAACACUGCUUGUUUUAAAAAGUUGUGGACUCACUUUUCAUUUCAUGUCACCAUGCAAAAUUAAAUUUAAGCUUUUAGGUGAGGUUUUUGUAUGAUUUUGAGAGGUAAAAGCUGUGUUAGAUCCAAUAAAGUUAACAUGACUCAUGAGUAUUGAAAUGGAGGUUAAUACUAGAACACAAAGUUAACCUUGUCUUUUAAUCUAGUCCUGCUUUUCACUUGGGAUUAAUUGUUGCAUUAUCGGUUUAAUAAGAUGGGCUGUUCCUUUGAUACAAGGUGUACCCCACUUUUAAACGUAGUCUGGAAAAGUCAGAUCCUUGUCACCCCAAACUGAACUAAGAAGGUAUCAAAGAUGGAUAGAGUAAUAACCUAAAUGACUGUUAAAAAGCCCUCAAACAGGAGUUCCACUGAGUUCUUCUCUUUUUGGCAUGAAAAUUAUUAACUCUCACAAUGUCUGUAACUGGAGCAAAAUUAUCUCAACUUAACUCCUUUUAAAACAUGAUUACUUUCUUAAACCAUAAAUUACCUGGGAGUGAAGGCCUAGUGCUAAUGGUGCAUGAAUGCACACUUUUGGGAAUGUGCUCUUAUGUAAUUGUACCUAUGGGAGCUAAUGGUUAAUUGAUCAUCUUUUCAUUUAACUGACAACACUGUAAUACAUGCUGAAAGUGCAUGUUGUGCGUUUUCAUCACUCAUGGCAGCUUCUGUGAGUCAGUCUAUCGACUCUCUGAAUGAUUUAUGCAACUCACCUAACUAUAUUUAAGUCAGUGCUUUCGGAUUUAGAAUAAAGGCACUCCUAGAAACUUGUCUUAGAUUUUGUUUCUUUUUAAACAAAACAUUACUUAUUUGUUGGUUGAUGUAUCAAUGCUGUAUGUGGGAACUGGAAUAAAGGGAUUUCUGUUUAAGUUUCAAAGUAUUUAGUGUGU